UUGCAUUCUUUAUUGCACAGUUCUCUCUAUAACUUCAAUUUCGUUUAUUCGUGAUGGCCAAAAAAUGUGGAGGAUGUGUAUUCUGUUUGUAAAUAUGGCCGAUAGAAUAUAAACCAGAGGCUGUCUGUAGCUUGUGUUGGAAUAAAGGCUUCAUGGUCUUUCGUGUUCAAUGAAAUGUUCUUGCAUUGUUUGAUGAGAUUUGAGCGGCUAGAGGUUAUAACUUGUUGGGUUUAGUUGCCAUCUAUUAUGUUAGAACUUAGAAUUAAGAAGGUGGAAUCGAAGAUUGCAAAGACAAGGCGAGAAAGAUGCAUUGUGGCCUUCAAAAGAUAGGUAAUGAUAGUUCAAAAGUUUCAGAAGCAGGAAAGGAAGUUUCAGAACCAGGAAAGGACGUAUCAACGUCAUAUCAGCAACGAAAUAAAUCCACAUCUUUGGAGAUCACAAAAGAUUGUGAAGAAUCUUCUGUUUCAAGGAUCCACUCUGAUAGUAGGUGUGCCACAGCCAUCCUUACAAUCUAUAAUAUUGGGCCUGAUGGAAACUGGAGAGUUGUGGCCAUUCCCGUGCAGUUUCUCAAUCACGUUAACUUAGCUUCUGGCACAAACAUGGAUGGUGUGCAGCUUCUUUUCCCUCCACCUCUUAAUAGGUUGAAGAUUGAUCAGUGUACGGGGCCCAAAGGACAUCUUCCCCCCUAUGCUUAUCCGGUCAAGUCAUUUACGAGAAGAACCGUCACUAGUUCAAAUGCGCGUCGUGUAUGUCAAAAUAAGACUGCGAACAAAGCUUCUAAACAGAAUGAACUCGCCGGGAGUUCUUGUAGACGGAGUUCAUUAGACCGCAGCCCUAGCAGCUUCUCUGAUAGUUCUGCUGCAGUAAUUUCAUCUGAUAAUUUCACAGGAAAAACCAAGGAAGACAAGUCUCUGAAGAAAAACUCAAGGAAAAGGUCAAGAAAGAAAGUUAAACAGAGCAAGAAGCAGACAGGUGACAGUGGCUCUCUUGAGCGAGAGGUUCUUACUGAAGAAUAUGUCAGUGUAAGUUUGACUUCUGAAGCCGGCAGCAGCUAUGAUGCUGAUAAGGAGGUUGGUUCAAUGUUGUAUGCGACCACACCGGAAUUAUCAUCUUCUGAUGAUAGACUAGUAAAAUGUGAUUGUGAAAGUAAUGAGAUGAAUGGCAACAUCAACGUUACAGAAGCAUCAACAAGUUGCAACUCUUCUAUUGAUGAGACAACUAUAUCAAAAGCAACUGCACAGAACUCUGAUGUAGAAACAAAGGACAUUCAACAUGUUGAGCUAUGCUGUUUGAAAGAUAUACAAGAUUCCCUGGUGCUGGAUUCAGUUUCACUUGGUUCAGGAAGUGAUGAAAGUACCAAUGCAGGUGAUAUAGGAAAACAAUCCAACAAGGCAAGUUGCAGAACCACUUCCAUUUUUGGCGAUGGGUAUUUUCACAGUCGUAAUGACCAUGAACACAAAGAGAGAAUCAGGCAUGGUAGUCAAAAUUGCAUUGGCAAUGAUAAGAGGGUUAAGCAAAAGCAAUCAAUGUCGAAGAGUUCAAGUUUCAACAAAUUUGGGGGUGUUGGAGUUUUGCAUGGCCGAACGGGGAAGGAAAACAGCCACUCUGUCUGGCAAAAGGUUCAGAAGAACAGCUCUGAUGAAUGCGGUGGUGAAUUGAAGAAAGUAAACACAACAUUGUCACAAUUUGUUUCCACUGCUGAAAAGGAUUCUUCUGUUGUAAAAAAUCGUAGCCCUGUCAGUGCAAAUGUUGUCUCAGAACCAGAGGAUAAAAAACACUUGAAAAAUAAAGUUGGUGGGAGAUCAAAAGGCAAAAUGGAUCCAGUUUCAAAAAAAGGUCACGGCAAUUAUUCUACGAAGGUUUCUCAUUUUAACAGGGCUGUGUUAAAUGAUAAUGUGAAUGUUGGUGUUCAACAGAAUGAUACGUUGCAUAUCUCAUCACAGGAAGCUAAUCAACAAGGAUUGAACAGUUUUUCUGGAUUUAAUUCUGAAAUUAAAUGCCUGACGAAUAAGUUUCAGACCAAUGGAGUAGAACAUGAAACAUCUGAAGGAGUUCACAGUGCACAAUUUCAUCUGAAGGAGUCAUAUAUACAAACAAGAGCCUGCCACAAUAUUGCAAACUCAGAGAAUGAAGGUAUAGACAUUCAAAAUACCUCAUUGGUAAUGCAACAUCCAGUGCCUUGUAAUCUUUUUGUUGAAGUUGGUCAAACAGUGAAAGAAGUUUCUUCCGGAGACUUCAAUGUACAAAACCACAGUUAUGGAGCUACCCUGUGGAAAUGGAUACCAAAAAAGGGUACAGGGUUGGCAAAAUCUGAAUCUAACAGUUCAUCACCAGAAUGUUCUGAUGAACCACCUAGUAAAAAUUUUAACCUGGAAAGCAGUAUUGAACCAAAAAUAGACUCCUUUUCUGAAGAUCAGGAAUCUUCACUAAAUGCAAGCAGUAAGGGCAAGGGUCAGAUUUACUGUGAAGUUUCUUGUAUAAACGACCGUGAGAAUCUUGAAUCGGGUAAUGGGGUUGCAGAUUCAUUGACAAAGCACAUGGGCAAGCAUGAAAUAGCGCAUCGCAUGAAUUAUGAAUGUGAGAAUCAAGAUAUGUCGGAAAAUGAUUCCUAUAGAAUAGCCCGAGCUGUGAAUGAUGCCUGCAACGCACAACAAGCUUGUGAAGCUGUACACAUGGCCACAGGUGGCCCGGUUGCAGAGUUUGAAAUGCUACUUCAUUGUUGUAGUCCUGUUAUUUGUCAGUCUCCUAAUUCACCCAGUUGUUUGACCUGCUCGCAGAACCAUGGCGGUGUCUCACUGUGCAGACAUGAGAUGCCUGCCCUAUCUUUGGGAUACCUUUGGCAGUGGUAUGAAGAACAUGGGAGCUAUGGGUUAGAGAUAAGGGCUCAGGAGUAUGAAAACUUAAAGAAGCUAGGUGGUGUUGGUCAGUUUCCAUUUCGUGCCUACUUUUCCUCUUCUUUAUCAGCAGUUCAGCUGUUCAAGAACCGUGAACAUCAAUGUGCAAGUAGCAGCGACGAUCUUCCAAAUUGUAAGGUCUCAGAGGCAUGUCAAAUGAUUGACAUUUCAGAACAUUCAAUAUUCUCUGUUCCUCAGCCUCACGACCAGGAUGCAAACAUUCAAAUACCAAAGAAGACAGCUUCUAUGAACAGUGCAUCUAAUCCAUCUAUCAACUCAGCGUGUUCUGGUGAUUUAGAACUUCUUUUUGAAUAUUUUGAAGAUGAACCACCUCAACAAAGACGGCCUCUAUAUGAGAAGAUACAGGAGCUGGUUAGGGGCGAUGUCCCAAUUCAGUCCAAAAUUUAUGGGGAUCCAACUAAUUUGAAUUCAGUAAAUCUGCGAGAUCUCCACCCUAGAUCUUGGUACUCAGUUGCAUGGUAUCCUAUUUACCGUAUACCGGAGGGCAACUUUCGUGCAGCUUUCUUGACUUAUCAUUCACUUGGACAUUUAGUUCGUAGAAGUACAAAUUCUGAUUUACAAACUGUAGAUUCUUGCAUAGUAUCUCCAGCUGUAGGCCUUCAAAGUUACAAUGCCAAGGGUGAGUGCUGGUUCCAGCUGAGUCAUUCUGCACUGGAAGCAGAAAUGUUGGGCAUGAACCCUUCUUUUAUUCUGAAAGAGCGUUUGCGGACACUUGAGGAAACAGCAUCUCUCAUGGCAAGAGCUGUUGUCAACAAGGGGAACCAAAUCUGUACAAACAACCAUCCUGAUUUUGAGUUUUUCAUGUCUAGGCGACGAUACUAAGAUCUCAGAUAUUUCACAAUAAAUAAUCAUAAGUAGGCCAACUAGUUUCAAAUAAUUUUGGCUACAUUCAGAUAGUAGGACAUAAUCUCAAAUAGGACCCAGUUGUUGUUGAUCUUAUUGCAUGUCUUUAAGUACUAGUUGCACUUAAAUUCGUUUGUACAUAAUAGCAUUGUGCAGUACCUUUUUUUUUUUGGAUUUUAAGUUCUAUUUGAAUUUUAGCUCAUUUUGUUCCAUGGUAGAGACAAAUAAAGAUGUAGUAAUGAUGUUGAGAGUUUAGCAGUAAUUCUUGACAUUCCUCUACAGUUCAGUAUUAUGAAUUCUUGGUUUCCAAUUACCAUAGCUUGAAGUUAGUAAAUGCUGCGAUAGUGCGUUCAGACAA